AUCUAAAUUUCCGGCGCAAUUUACAGAGAAAAUCACACACCUUUGCUUCUCAAACAAUCCACAGCCAUGGCGGGAAUGGCUACCUCCUUCAACGUCUCCUCCGCCUCCUCCAUCCUCAGCCGUCCGUCGCAGCUUUCGUCGCUUUCGUUCUCGUCCAAGCCGUUCUUUCUUGCCAUGCGGAGUUCUUCCCGAACCCCCCUGCGUCUCGGAUUUCCCAGGAUAAUGGCUUUUUCCAGCAACGAUAUAAAAGUGGGUUCCAACAUUGAAGUUGAUGGGGCUCCUUGGCGAGUUAUAGAGUUUCUUCACGUGAAACCUGGGAAAGGGGCCGCAUUUGUAAGGACCAAAAUGCGCAAUUAUGUAUCAGGAAACACUGUUGAGAAAACAUUUCGAGCUGGCAGCACGAUUAAUGAGGCAAAUAUAUACAAGGAAACAAAGCAAUUCGUAUACAAAGACGGUCCCCAGUUUGUCUUCAUGGACCUGACUACCUAUGAAGAAACUCGUGUAAAUGAAUCAAGUAUUGGGGACAAAACAAAGUGGCUGAAAGAGGGCAUGGACUGCAAUUUGCUUCUUUGGAAUGAUAAACUUAUCGACGUUGAUAUCCCCAUCACAGUGCAGCUGAAGGUGGUUGAUGUUGAUCCCGGACUUAAAGGUGACACAGCUCAAGGAGGUGGAACAAAGCCUGCAACUCUUGAGACCGAUGCUGUUGUCUUUGUCCCGCUGUUCGUUAAUGUAGGUGAUGAAAUACUGGUGGAUACCAGAACCGGGCAAUACAUGACCCGAGCUGAGAAAAAUUAGUAAAUUUAUGCCUCAGAGAUUUGACAGCGUUGGCCGGAAAAUUUUUGUAUUGUAUUUUUGUUUACUAUGCAGAGACUUUACUGCAUUUUAUGAUAGAGCCUAGAAAUGUUAUGUCCGUACAUCAAGUUAGUGGCAUGUUUUGUAAACCCUUAAAACUCCUGCUGUAAUUGAUUGGCUUAUUUGAAGAAAGAAAUGAGCAAGAGAAAAUUUUUCUCA